AAACUCGGAACGAGUUUCCCACUUCCCCCAUAUCCCUCGAUCUCUCUGUCCUUCUCUUCUAUGCCAGCUUCUGAUUCUGGGCCUGUGAAAUAAUUGAAGAACUACAGCUGUUUUCUUGGAGGGUUUGGAGAAGAAGAAGGUAGAGAAGAAUUGGGAUUUUGUAGAAUGAGGCACCGGCAAGUUGUGCUGAGGAGAAAUGAGCCGUCAAGAAGAUCAACUAAUUCAUCUUUGACAGUGAGGAGUGUGAGGUAUGGAGAGUGCCAGAAGAAUCACGCUGCAGGCAUUGGAGGGCAUGCUGUUGAUGGGUGUAGGGAGUUCAUGGCGAGCGGCCAAGAGGGAACCAGCAGUGAACUCAUCUGCGCAGCCUGCGGCUGCCACAGGAACUUCCACAGGCGGGAAGUGGAAACCGAGGUCUUGUGCCCGUGCUCUUCCGCUCCCUCAAACGGGAGAUAGGAUUUUAAUAACAAACACAUAUUUACAUAUGUGGUUCUUGUAAAGAAUUGUCUAAUAUCGUUUUUCCUUUGUUGGGUUUUCAGUUUGAGAUUGUUGGGAUUGUUUCUGAUGGACUUGAUUGAACUUGUCUUCUAUUGUUCUUCUUUCAUGAUUGGAGGAAAUAAAGUGUACAGUUGUGUUUUUGAA